UCCCAAGAAAACAGGGUCUCAACUCCCCAUCUCCCCAAUCUUAAUGCACCUUCCACGUGUCUUGGCUUCAUCCCGCACCCACCCCUUGCCAUCGUCCAAGGGAAUGAUUGCUUCAUCCCAAAAGCAGCCAACACUACCCCGGAUACCAGUGUUCGAGCUAGAGAGACACCAACACCAGGACCUGCUUUUUAGUCUCCAGUCUUCCAAGAAACUUUGGAAAGGCCCCCAGAAGUUGCCCAGAGGAUGAGAUCCCCGUUCCUGUUUUCCACGAUUUCCCAGUUGUCAUGGUUUCUCGUGCUUGCUGCAUUCCCUCCAUUGGCUCAAGGCAGCAGUAAAGCAUCUUCCAGGACCUUGGAUCUUUCGUACAAGCACUAUCUGGAAGCAUCCCAGCUGGAAGAGGCAAUUCGUGUUUGUGAGAGACAAGAUACCUUUGACGUGGAUGUUUCAUGUUCUCUCUUGGGUGAUGAGAAGGAUUUCCAGGCAAUUGUAAAGGCAUUGCUGCCAAAAGAAACAACUGCUUCUAGGAAAGAACCUGUGGGAAUCAAGUUUGUCUCACGAGGAAAUCGGCUCACACCCAGGGCGGUGGAAGGUAUCUUUCAGAUGUUGCUGGCAAGUGCGACCAACAACAAUCAGACAUUAUUAGAGAGCAAUGAAACAGAUGCAAACACCAACAGUACUGAUGACAGCAUCAGUCAAAGCAACAACACUACUGUAGAAGACGAUGGACAGAAAAACUCUACAACUACACCCACCAAUUAUGCUGAGAGCAUUCCGUCAAGACCUUGGAAUGUCCAUACACUGGACGUUGGAUGGAACCGACUGCAGCUGGAUGCACCCGGUUGGAAGACCUUUCUCAAGUCGCUACAAAAGUUGCUUCAGACUCCUGAAGUCUGUCCGCAGAAUCUAUGCUUUGAGCGAUGUGGACUCAGCCCGGGGGCUUGUCGGGCAAUAGGAAAGGGUAUCAUCAACAGGUUUACCACAGAAAACGGCCAGCAGUCAACAACAGUAGCAGCAAAACCACUAUCACUACAUUUGUGUGGAAACCCUGAUUUGGGAGAUUCGGGUGCAGCCGCCAUUGCUGCAGCCAUUCGAACAGUAGUCACGUCAUCCAAAGAGGAGAGACUCUUGCUGGAUACAUUGGACCUGUCGGCGUGUGAGAUUGGAGAUGCCGGUGCCGAAGCCAUUGCCUUGGCAUUGGAGAGCUGUCAUGGCAUGUGCAUCCGGCAGUUGGAUUUGAGCCACAAUAAACUAACCGACGUGGGCGCCGCUGCGAUUGCACAUGCACUGUUAGGCGGCAGUGCCAUGGUGGAAACCCUCGAUUUGAGUGGCAAUGCUGGUAUCAAGGACAAGUCAGCAAUCGUAUUGGCAGAAGCUGUCGAAAAGGGAGUAAUUACUAAGAGUAUCCGAUUGAGAAGCUGUCAAAUCCUAGCCGAUGGAGCAGCGGCAUUUGGAAAGGCAAUGCUGAAGCGAUCUCAAAGAGCCAUGCCAGCAUCUUCUACCCAUGUUGAAAUUGACUUGAGUGGGAAUCCCUUGGGUGUCUUGCGGGGCAAGAUGAAAAAGGGCAAAAAGUAUUCUGCCAGCGCUAUCAAGAGCAAGGCCACAGCGACAACUGCGGCAUACGUGUCAAUGUUCAAACGAGGGCUGAAGACCGGACUACAGGAAUUUGGAGUCGAGCUCGGUGGUGGUGGGAACAGUGGUGAGAGCGACGACGAGGAAGAAGAAAGAAGUGGCAUGAGUGACGAUUCUACGGGUGGAGAUAUCGACCCAGAAAAGGCUCGGUGUGGCAUCAAAGCCUUGGCAAACGCCAUUCUAGAUGACGACGACAAUAUACAGGGAGACCAAAAAUCUACUGGUUUGAAGUAUUCGUUGGGACUUCGUAGAUGUUUCCUGGAUCAUGGUGCGGCAGAUGCAUUGGCUGCUGUCUUGGUGCAUGCCAAGGAAGAGAUUGGAAUUGAUCUUUCCAUCGAUGUAGGGAUGAAUCCUGUGUUGGAGGAAGAGAUGACUGAAGCUAUUGAGGGUGAUGAAACUCAAGAAGAUACUCUGAGAGAAAUGUCUGAUCGUUAUUUGGAUGCCUUGGAAGCACUACGAGAAGCCCGUGAACGGGCCAUCGAGGCGGCAAAAGCAGCAGCUGCCCGACUGCAGGCAGAGAAGGAUUACGAAUCGCAAUGGGAUGUUCCCGAUGGGUUUCCGGACGACCCUUGGGAAGAAGAUUGGAGAGAAGAAGAAGAAGAUUUCGAGGAUGAAUGGGACUCAGACGCAGACUAUGAGCAACCGUAUGACGAUGAGGAAUAUUACUAGCAGACAUACGAAUCUAGCAACUAGCUGGUGGUUGGAUAUUUCUGUACCAAUGAAUGCAUAAGCUAAAAUUACACAUUAUGAGGUGUUGUUUACUGUACUAAAUCCUCCCUGUAGGCAUUGGUAAG